AUGGAGAAUUGUUCAGAGGUGGAGGAAUUCAUCCUUGUGGGAUUAACAGAUGCCCCAGAGCUUCAGGUUACUCUCUUUAUAAUAUUCACCAUCAUCUACCUCAUCACCCUGGUGGGCAACCUGGGAUUGGUAGUUCUGAUACUGUGGGACUCCCACCUCCACACAUCCAUGUGCUUUUUCCUCAGUAACUUCUCUCUGAUAGAUUUGGGCUACUCUUCAUCCAUUACUCCUAAAGUUAUGGCUGGAUUCCUCCCAGGGGACAAAACCAUCUCCUAUAAUGGAUGUGCUGCACAAAUGUUUUUCUUUGCAUACUUUGCCACAAUUGAAAAUUAUCUCCUGGCUGCUAUGGCCUAUGAUCACCAGGCUGCUGUGUGUAAGCCCCUCCAUUACAACACAACAAUGACAUCUAGGGUUUGUGCUUGUCUGGUCACUAGUUCCCAUAUGUGUGGUUUUCUUUUUGCCUCCAUUCACACAGGAAGCAUCUUCAGCCUCUCCAACAUGAUCCAUCACUUUUUCUGUGAUGUUCCACCUCUCUUGGUUCUCUCCUACUCUGUCUCAUACGUCAAUGAAGUGGUUAUUUUCUUUGCUGUAGGAUUCAAUGUGUUCUUUGCCUUUUUUUUCAUCUUGAAAUCCUAUUUUUUAAUUUUCAUUGCCAUUUUGAGGAUGCAAUCAGCUGAGGGCCUCCAGAAAGCCUUCUCUACCUGUGCUUCCCAUCUCACAGCUGUGUCCAUAUUUUAUGGGACAAUAAUCUUCAUGUACUUACAACCUAGCUGCAGGCAUUCCAUGGACACUGACAAAGUGGCUUCAGUGUUCUAUACCAUGGUCCUUCCUAUGCUGAAUCCUCUAGUCUAUAGUCUGAGGAAUAAGGAAGUCAGUAGUGCUUUUAGGAAAAUCACAAAGCAGACAAAGUCUUCAUUAGGUAUCUCCUUUUAA